AUGGCCGGCAAGGACAACAACGCCAGCCGGAGGGAUGGGGACAUCACGGCCGCCAAGACCAGGACAGACCCGCCACCUCAAGCGAGCCCGCGCCAGAGGACAGGCCGCGGGAGAACGGCGCAGGCCGGCGACGAGAAACGCGAAGCCGACCAGCACCAGGGGGGAGGACAAAACCGCAUACGCGGCAGGGUGGAAGAGCACGGGGGCCAGACCGUGCGGGGCCAGAGACGGGGUCGGGGGGGCCCAGAGGCGACGGGGGCCUGGGGAGGGCGGUGGAAGACCGGCCGGACAACAGGCCGACAAGCCCGCAGGCAGCGGCGCGCAGCCGAGGGCGGACAGGCGGAGCCACGAGGAGGGGGCGGGCGGGAGCAGAGGGAGAGAGCCAACAACACAAAGCGAAAUGCAAGCACGGCAAACGCGGGCGGCAAAGAACUGGGCAAACGCGAGGCGGCAGGCAGGCGGGGGACCGGGGCAAGGAAGGGCGGGAGGAGAGAGCCAGAAAAAAACGGGGCAGGCAGGAGGCAGGAGGGCCACGGGCGGAGAAACGCGGCCGGCCGGCCGGCGGGCGGGGCCCGACGGCAGGACGAGGGACAGCGGAGAGCGAAGGGGAAGAGGAGCGCGCGGGCGGGGCCGCCGCCGCCGGGGGGGGUGGAGAGGAGAAGAGCAAAGGCGAGCGCCAGCGGGCCCAUAGGAAGGAAACGGCGGGACAAGACAGACAGGCAGGCAGGCAGCGGGCGCGCCAGGGGAAAGCGAAGCAGGAAGCAUACGGGAGGGAGAGAGCAGAAAGAAAGCGCCAAGGGAAAAAAGGGGAAAACGAAAGGAAGGGAAGCGAGGGGCAGGGCGGGCCAGCAAGAGGGGGAAGGGAGGGAGGGAGCGGGGGGGGCGAGCGCCGCGGAGCACCCAGACGAAAACGCACAAGCAGCAGGAGCAGACGGCCGCAAGAGGCGGAGAGAAGCGGGACGGAGGGCGAGCCGGACCAGGGCGGGCAAAAAGGGCUGCGGCACGGACGAGGGGCGGGGGGCGCACCAGGGGGGAGGGCGGAGGGCGCGGGGAGCCGGCGAAGGAGAAGGAGCGGGGAGGACGAGGCGGGACGCGGGAGCGGAGCUAGGGGGAGGGGGAGGGGCGGGCAGGGGCGGAUCAGGGGGGCACAACAGCAGCGGAGAGCGGGGGGCAGGGCAGGCAAGCGCAACACGGGGCCGACAGGAAGACAGCCGCCGCCGCAGGGGGACCCGGCCGGCAGGCCAGCCGGACCAGGACGCUGCCAAGCCAGGACAAGACCACCAGCCAGACGGCGCGGGCGGGCAGGAGGGCUCGGCCAAGACAGGAAGGGCAGGGGGCGGCCAGGGCCAGCGAAGAGGCCCGAGCGCAAGCCCAGGGAGCACCGGCGGAACCGGGGGAGAGCGGGAAGGGGAGAGCGAGGGCCAGGCACCCCCAGAAAGGGCCGGAACGGGCAGGGGCCGGGGGGGAAAGAGUGGGGAACAGCGCCAGCAAGAAACGGGCAAAAGCGGGGCCAGGCCAGGAAGAGAGAGGGCACAGCAGGACGAAGGCAGCGGGGGACCACCACCAGAGACGGACGGGGACGGGGAGGGCGGCAGGGACGGCACCAGAGGGGCCAGGGCGGCGGGAGAGGGACCCCACGCGGCCACCCAAGGCCACCGGAAAGGGCCCGGACAAGGCGGGUGGAAGGGCCCGAGCGCGCACCGGCCGAGCCAAACAGGGCGCAGACGGGCGCAAGGGGAGGGAGAGCCGGGCGCAGGCGCGGGCCAGGCAGAACACGGACAGGGCCGGCGGGCAGGGGAAAGCAGGCACAGAACGGAAGCAGGAGGGCGGGCAGGCAGGCGGGAAGGCAGGGGCAGAGGAGCCGGCAGGAAGUGGGACCACAGGAGGGAGGAGGAGGGAGGCCCGGCGAACGCACAGGGGUGGAGAGGGCCGGCAAGGACAACAAGCGCAGGCGAGGAGGUUGGGACACACGGCGCCAGACGCAGGACAGACCCGCCACCGCCAAAGCGAGGGCCCGCGCCAGAGACAGCGCCGCGGCGGAGAACGCGCAGGCCGGCGACGAGAAACGCGAAGCCGGACCAGCACCCAGGGGGAGACAAUAACCGCAACGCUGUGCAGGGAGAGCACGGGGGGCCAGACCGGGCGGGCCAGAGACGGGGGGCCCAGAGGCGACGGGGGGGCCGGGAGGCGGGAAGACCGGGCCGGACAACAAGGCCGACAAGCCCGGCUAGGCCGAGCGGUCGCGGCAGCGAGGCGCGGACAGGCGGAGCCACGGAGGAGGGGUGGGGCCGCGGGGAGCAGAGGAGAGAGCCAAACAACACAGCGAAAGUCAAGCACUGGCAAACGCGGGCGGGAAAGACGUGCAAACGAGCGGCACGGCAGGGCGGACCGGGGCCAAGGAAGAGGGCGGGAGAGCAGAGCCAGAAAAACGGGGCGGCAGGAGGCAGGAAGAGGGCCACGGGCGGAGAAACGCGGCCGGCCGUCCGGGCGGGCGGGGCCCGACGGGCAGUACGAGGCGCCGACAGCGGGAAGCGAAGGGAAGAGGAGCGCGCGCGGGGCCGCCGCCGCCGGGGGAGAGAGAUAAGAGGCAAAGGCGCAAGCGCCAGCCGGCCCAGAGGAAGGAACGGCGGACAAGACACGACAGGCAGGCAGCAGCGGGGCGCAGCCAGGGAAAGCAGGAAGCAGGAAGCCAACGGGGAGGAGAGAGAGAAAGACAGGGCGGCAAAAAGGCGCGGCACGGGACGAGGGCGGGGGCGCACAGGGGGAGGUGCGGAGCGCGGGGAGCGGCGAAGGAAGGAGCGGGAGACCGAAAGCGCCGGGACGCGGGAGCGGGAGCGAGGGGAGGGCAGGGGGGCAGCGGACGAGCAGGGGGCACAACAGCAGCGAAGGAGCGGGGGCAGGGCAGGCAAGGCGCAACACGGGGCGGGACAGGGAAAGACAGCCGCCCGCCCGCAGGGGGACCCGGCCGGCAGCGGUCAGCGCCGGACAGCACGCGCCAGCAGGACCAAAGGCCACCAGCCAGACGGCGCGGGGGGCAGGAGGGCCGGGAACCCCCCCGGGGGGAGCGGAAGGGGAGAGCGAGGGCCAGGCACCCCCAAAACACCCACCCCCCAGAAAGGCCGGGAAAACGGGCAGGGGCCGGGGGGAGAGGGGGGUAACAGCGCACAGCAAGAACGGGCAAAGCGGGGCAGGCCAGGAAGAGGAAGAGGCACAGCAGGACGGAAGGCAGGCGGGACCACACCAGAGACGGGACGGGGACGGGGGAGGGCGGCAGCGGACGGGCUCGACCAGAGAGCCAGGGCGGGCGGGGAGAGGGACCCACGCGGCACCAAGGCACCGGAAAGGGCCCGGACAGGGCGGGUGGGAAGGGCCCGAGCGCGCACCGGGCCAGCAAACAGGGCGCAGACGGCCGGCAAGGGGAGGGAGAGCCGCGGCCGCGGCGCGGGCCAGGGCAGAACACGGACAGGCCGGGCGGGCAGGAAAGCAGGCACAGAACGAGCAGGGAGGGCGGGGGCAGGGGCAGGCGGGAGAGCAGUGGCAGGAGGGAGCCGGCAGGAAGGGGACCAACAGGAGGGAGGAGGAGGGAGGCCCGGGAACGCACAGGGGGAGAUGGCCGGCAAGGACAAAACAAGCGCAGGCCGAGGAGGGGGGACACCACGGCGCCAGACCAGGGACAGGACCCGCCACCGCCAAAGCGAGCCCGCGCGCCAGAGGACAGGCCGCGGAGAACGCGCAGGCCGGCGACGAGAAUUGCGCGAAGCCGACCAAGCACCCAAGGAGAGACAAAACCGCACCGCGGCAGGGAAGAGCACGGGCCAGGACCGGGCGGCGGGGCCAGAGACGCGGGGGGGGGCCCAGAGCGACGGGGCCGGGGAGGGCGGGGGAAAGACCGGCGGACAACAUCCCGACAAGGCCCGCAGGCCAGCGGCGCGCAGCGAGGGCGGACAGCGGAGCACGGCAGGAGGGGCGUGCCGGGGAGCAGAGGAGAGAGCCAACAAACACAGCGAAAGCAGCACGGCAAACGCGGCGGGAAAGACGCAAACGAGCGGCAACGGCAGGGCGGGGGACCGGGGCAAGGGAGAAGGGCGGAGAAGAGCCAGAAAACGGGGGGCAGGAGGCAGGAGGGGCCACGGGUCGGAGAAACGCGGCCGGCCGCCGGGCCGGGCGGGGCGCCGACGGGCAGGACGAGGGGACAAGACGGGAGAGCGAAAGGGGAAAGAGGAGCGCGCGCGGCGCGCCGGCCGGGGGGGGAAGAGAGAGAAGAGGCAAAGGCGAGCGCCAGCGGGCCCAGAGGAAGAACGGCGCGGACCAAAGACCAGACAGGCAGGCAGGCAGCGUGGCGCAGCCAGGCGAAAGCAGGAAGCAGGAAGCAACGGGGGAGGGAGAGGAGAAAAGAAAGCGCAGGAAAAGGGAAAACGAAAGGAAGGGAAGCGAGGGGCAGGCGGGCAGCAAGAGGGGGAAGGAGGGAGGGAGCGGGGGGGGCGAAGGCGCCGCUGGAGCACCAGGAACGCACAGCCAGCAGUGGAGCAGACGGGCCGCAAGAGGCGGAGAGAAGCGGGACGAGGCGGGAGCCGGGGGGGAAGCAGGGCGGCACCAGACAGCCACCGGCCAACAACGGCGCCGAGGCGGCACCAAACCCACCGGCGCGGGACCAGACAGGGCGGGCAAAAAGGGCGCGGCCACGGACGAGGGGCGGGGGGCGCACCAGGGGGGAUGGGGCGGAGGCGCGGGAGACGGCGAAGGGAAGGACGGGGAGACCGAGGCCGGGACGCGGGCAGCGGAGCGAUGGGGAGGGGAGGGGCGGGCAGGGCGGGAGCAGGGCACAACAGAGCGCGAAGAGCGGGGGUGGCAGGGCAGGCAAGCGCAACACGGGGCGGGACAGGGAAGACAGCCGCCGCCCGCAGGUGGACCGGCCGGCAGGCGCAGCCACGGACAGGGACGGCGGCCAGCAGGACAAGGCCACCAGCCAGACGGCCGCGGCGGGCAGGAGGGCCGGCAAGACAGGAGGGCAGGGGCGGCCAGGGCCAGCGAAAGAGCCCGGAGCGCAAGCCCAGGAGCACGGGCGGAGACCGGGGAGCGGAAAGGGAGAGCGAGGGCCAGGCACCCCCCCAGAAAGGCCGGGAACGGCAGGGCCGGGGGAGGAAGAGGGGGAACCAGCGCACAGCAAGGAACGGGCAAAGCGGGGCAGGCCAGGGAAGAGGAGAGGCACAGCAGGACGAAGGCAGCGGCGGGACCACACCAGAGACGGACGGAACGGGGGAGGGCGGCAGGGACGAGCCACCAGAGGGGCCAAGGGCCGGGCGGGAGAGGGACCCACGCGGCCAACCAAGGGGCCACCGGAAAGGGCCCGGACAGGGCGGGGGGGAAGGGCCCGAGCGCGCACCGGCCGAGCCAACAGGGCGCAGGAGCGGGGCGCAAAGUGGAGGAGCAGAAGCCGGCGCGGCGCGCGGCCAGGGCCAGAACACGGACAGGCCGGGCGGCAGAAGCAGGCACAGAACGAGCAGGAGGGCGGGGGCAGGGGCAGGCGGGAGAGGCAGGCAGGAGGAGCCGGCAGGAAGGGACACAGGAAGGGAGAGAGGAAAAAGGGAGGCCCGGGAACGCACAGGGGGUAGAGGGCCGGCAAGGACAACAAGCGGCAGGCCGAGGAGGGGGGACAACACGGCAGCCCAGACCAGGACCAGACCCCGCCACGCCAAAGCGAGCCCGCGCCAGAGGACAGGCCGCGGAGAACGCGCAGCCGGCGACGAGAAACGCGAAGCCCGACCAGCACCCAGGGGGAGACAAAACCGCAACGCGGCCAGGGAAGAGCACGGGGGCCCAGACCGGGCGGGCCAGAGACGGGGGGGCGGCCCAGAGGCGACGGGGGCCGGGGGAGGGCGGGGAAGACGGCCGGACAACAGCCGACAAGCCCGCAGGGCCAGCGGCGCGCAAGCCGAGGCGGAACAGGGGAGGCACGGAGGAGGGCGGGCCGGGGGAGCAGGGAGAGAGCAACAACACAGCGAAGAGCAAGCACGGCAAACGCGGUGUGUCGGAAAGACGGCAAACGAGCGGACGGCAGGCGGACCGGGGGCAAGGGAGAGGGCGGGGAGAGAGAGCCAGAAAAACGGGCGGCAGGAGCAGGAGGGCCACGGGCGGAGAAACGCGCCGGCCGGCCGGGCGGCGGGCCGACGGGCAGGACGAGGGGGACAGCGGGAGAGCGAAGGGAAGAGGAGCGCGCGCGGGGCCGCCGCCGCCGGGGAGAGAGAGGAAAAGAGGCAAAGGCAGCGCCAGCGGGCCCAGAGGAAGGAACGGCGGGACAAGAACAGACAGGCAGGCAGCAGCGGGGCGCAGCCAGUGGGAAAGCAGGAAGCAGGAAGCAACGGUAGGAGAGAGAGAAAGAAAGCGCAAGUGGAAAAAAAGGGAAAACGAAAGGAAGGAAGCGAGGGGCAGGCGGGGCCAGCAAGAGGGAAGGGAGGGAGGGAGCGGGGGGGCGAGCGCCGCGGAGCACCAGCGAACGCACAGCAGCAUGAGCAGACGGGCCGCAAGAGGCGGAGAGAAGCGGGGACGGAGGGGAGGCCGGGGGAAGGCAGGCGGGCACCAGACAGCACCAGCCAACAAACGGGCGCCGAGGGGCACAAACCCACCGGCGCGGGACCAGACAGGCGGGCAAAAAGGGCGCGGCACGGACGAGGGGCGGGCGGCACCAGGGGAGGGGCGGAGGCGCGGGGAGCGGCGAAGGAAGGAGCGGAGACCGAGGCCGGGACGCGGGGAGCGGAGCGAGGGGGAGCGGGAGGGCGGGCAGGGGCGGGGCAGGGGGGCACAACAGCAGCGCGAAGGAGCGGGGCAGGGCAGGCAAGCGCAAACCACCGGGGCGGGACAGCUGAAGACAGCCGCCGCCCCGCAGGGGCGACCCGGCCGGCAGGCGCAGCCGGACAGGACGCGCCAGCAGGACCAAGGCCACCAGCCAGACGGCGCGGGCGGGGCAGGAGGGGCCGGCCAAGACAGGAAGGCGGGCGGGCCAGGGCCAGCGAAGACCCGAGCGCAAGCCCAGGGAGCACGGCGGAGACCGGGUGGAAGCGGAAGGAGAGCGAGGGCCAGGCACCCCAGAAAAGGCCGGGAACGGGCAGGGCCGGGGGGAAGAGGAGGGAACAGCGCACAGCAAGAAACGGGCAAAGCGGGGCAGGCCAGGAAGAGGGAGGGCACAGCAGACGGAAGGCAGCGGGGGACCACACAGAGACGGACGGGACGGGGGAGGACGGCAGGACGGCACCAGAGGGGCCAGGGGCGGGCGGGAGAGGGGACCCCACGCGGCCACCAAGGCACCGAAAAGGGCCCGGACAGGGCGGGGGGGAAGGGCCCGAGCGCGCAGCCGGCCGAGCCAAAACAGGGCAGCAGACGGGCCGCAAGGGAGGAAGAGCCGGGCGCGGCGCGGGCCAGGGCAAGAACACGGACAGGGCCGGGCGGGCAGGAAAGCAGGCACAGGAACGAGCAGAGAGGGCGGGGGGCAGGGGCAGGCGGGAGAGGCAGGGCAGGAGGAGCCGGCAGGGAAAGGACCACAAGGAGGGAGGAGCGAGGGGAGGCCCGGGAACGCACAGGGGAGAGGGCCGGCAAGGACAACAAGCGCAGGGCCAGAGGGGGGACACACGGCGCCAGACCAGGACAGACCCGCCACCGCCAAAGCGAGGCCCGCGCCAGAGGACAGGGCCGCGGGGAGAAGCGCGCAGGCGGCGACGCAGAAACGCGAAGCCGACCAGCACCCAGGGGGAGACAAAACCGCAACGCGGCAGGGAAGAGCAGGGGGGCCAGACCGGGCGGGCCAGAGACGGGGGGGGGCCCAGAGGCGACGGGGGCCGGGAGGGCGGGGGAAGUACCGGCCGUGACAACAGGCCGAACAAGCCCGCAGGCCAGCGGCGCGCAGCCGAGGGGCGGACGGCGGAGCACGGAGGAGGGGCGGGCCGGCGGGAGCAGAGGAGAGAGCCAACAAACACAGCGAAAGGCAAGCACGGCAAACGCGGGCGGGAAAGACGGCAAACGAGCGGACGGCAGGCGGGACGGCAAAGGAGAGGGCGGGAGAGAGAGCCAGAAAAACGGGGCGGCAGGAGGCAGGAGGGCCAGGGCGGAGAAACGCGGCCGGCCGGCCGGGCGGGCGGGGCCCGACGGGCAGGACGAGGGACAGCGGGAGAGCGAAGGGGAAAGGAGCGCGCGCGGGGCCGCCGCCGCCGGGGGGGGGAGAGAGAGGAAGAGGCAAAGGCGAGGCCCAGCAGGGCCCAGAGAAGGAACGGGCGGGACAGACAGACAGGCAGGCAGGCAGGGCGCAAGCCAGAGGGAAAGCAGAAAGCAGGAAGCAACGGAUGGAGAGAGAGAAAGAAAGCGCAAGGGAAAAAAGGGAAAACGAAAGGAAAGGAAUCGAGGGGGCAGGCGGGCAGCAAGAGAGGGAGGAGGGAGCGGGGGGCGAGCGCCGCGGAGCACCAGACGCACAAGCAGCAGGAGCAGACGGGCCGGCAAGAGGCGGAGAGAAGCGGGACGGAGGCGGGGAGGCCGGGGGAAGGCAGUGGCGGCACCAGGACGAGCACCGGCAACAACGGCGCCGAGGGCACAAACCCACCGGCGCGGGACCAGACAGGGCGCAAAAAGGGCGCGUGCACGGGACGAGGGGCGGGGGGGCGCACAGGGGAGGGCGGAGGGCGCGGGGAGCGGCGAAGGAAGGAGCGGGAGACCGAGGCCGGCGACGCGGGAGCGGAGCGAGGGGGAGGCGGGAGGCGGCGGGCAGGGGCGGGAAGCAGUGGGGUGGGCCACACAGCAGCGGGAAGGAGCGUGGGGCAGGGCAGGCAAGCGCAACACGGGCGGACAGGAAGACAGGCCGCCGCCCGCAGGGGGGACCCGGCCGGCAGGCGCGCCGGACAGGAGCGCCAGCAGGCAAGGCACCAGCCAGACGGCGCGGGCGGGCAGGAGGGCGGCAAGAACAUGAGGGGCAGGGAGGCAGGCCAGGGCCAGCGAAGAGCCGGAGGCUCAAGCCCAUGA